AUGCCUCCCCCCACGUCAUCACCCUUCAAAGCCAUCCUGGAGAAACACAAGCCCAACCUCGACACUUACGAAUCCUUAUAUCGCCAUUUCCACCAAAACCCCGAAAUCUCAACCCUCGAACACGAAACAGCUGCAAAAAUCGCCUCGCACCUCAAAUCCCUAUCCCCAGACCUAGACAUCCGCACUGGAAUCGGAGGAACAGGCGUAAUCGCCAUCUGCAAGAAUGGCGCCGGACCAACCGUCCUUCUCCGCGCCGACAUCGACGCAUUACCUGUCCUUGAAAAGACCGGGCUCGACUACGCAUCUACAAAGACCAUGAAAGACACACAUCUGGACAAUGUGACCAAACCGGUCAUGCACGCAUGCGGCCACGACAUGCACAUAACCUGCAAUCUCGCCGCGGCAGAUACUCUCCUCAGAGCCAGACAAGAAUGGUCCGGCACACUCAUCUUCCUCUUCCAGCCUGCUGAGGAACGUGCCUGUGGCGCUCAGGCCAUGGUCGACGAUGGCUUAUACGAUCCAAAGAAACAUGCUUGUCCGAUCCCUGACGUCGUUCUUGGCCAGCACGUAUUCCCUAUCCCACCGGGGGUCGUGGCCACCAAGAGUGGUCCGAUUCUAGCAGCUGCUGAUAGUUGGAGAAUCACCAUCUACGGGCGAGGCGGCCAUGGAAGCAUGCCGCAUCGGUGUAUCGACGCCCUUGUCAUUGCGGCGUCGAUCGUGGUGCGGCUUCAAACGAUUGUGAGUCGGGAAGUGCCGCCUGAGGAAACUGCUGUCGUGACAGUGGGUAGUUUGAAGGCCGGCGAUACUGUCAAUGUGAUUGGCGAUGAGGCCGUCAUGCAGGUCAAUGUGAGGACUGUGAGCGAGAAAUGGAGAAAGGUGGUUCUCGACGGGAUAAAGCGCAUUGUGAAGGCCGAGUGUGAGGCUGGGAGAUGCCCAAAGGAACCCCGUUUUGAGAAGUUGAACGCAUUCCCUCUGACUUCGAAUGAUGCAACUGUCACGGAAAAAGUUGGCCAGUCGUUUGCAGCUCACUUUGGAGAUUCAUUCGAGACAAUUGGGACGCCGUUGUCUGGGAGUGAGGAUUUCCAAAUUCUGGCGUCGGCAAUCAAUAAGCCUUCUAUGUUUUGGGCAUGGAGCGGAUCUGGGAGUGAUGUUUGGGAGAAUCAUCAGAAGGAGGGGACGCUGGAUGAAUUGCCUGUGAAUCACUCGCCUCUGUUUGCGCCGGCUAUACAUCCGACUCUGGACACUGGGAUUGAUGCCAUGGUUGUCGGGGCGUUGACGUUUGUGGGUAAAAAGUGA